AUGUCUACGACGUCCUCGAUGCCGCUCAACCUGAGUCGUUCUCCUUCUCCGUCGCUGGAGUCCUUCAACGGCGCCUCCGAUGUUGAAUCCGAACCUUCGUCCGCGAUCAUGGUCCCAUCCGGAGAUCAUCAGUUGGGAUCGUCGGUGGCAGGAAAAGGAAUACUUCCUCGCCAUAGCGAUUCCGACGGCGCGAUCCUCACGCAGCAAGAGUCUGAGAGCGAUGUCGGCAGUGUGGCGCGGCUUGCACGCGAGGGGAACCAGAGACGCGAGGGCUUCUUCGAUGUGGCCACGUUCGUUGUAUUCGUGGUCCAAGGCUUCAUCUAUCGCAUAUACAGCGGCUUCUUGACCGCGCGGUCCACCUACUGGGAGGAACGUCUCGCCGCGCCGGACUACGUCGAUGCCCCCAUCGUCAUGGACGAUGUGUCACCUCAAGAGAUGGACGCCUUCAUGAUCAUGGUCCGCUUCCCGCGCAAGGCAUCGCUCGACUCGAAGACUCAAGAUCAAUGGGCGGUGGUUCUGCGGCUGGCUACCGAGUGGCAGUUUGAUGAUAUACGCGCCGCCGCCAUCGAAGGCUUAGGCCCUCUCGCGUCGCCGUGCGAAAAGCUGGUGUUGGGCAGGCUGCAUCAUGUUGAUAACUGGCUUCAUCCCGCCUUUGUCGAGUUGUGCCUGCGUCCCGAGCCUCUCAACCUCGCUGAGGUCAAGAUCCUCUCACAUGAAGACAUCGUUUUGAUCAUGACUGCUCGAGAGGCUGUGAGAUGUGGAAGACUGAACCCGCCAACCAAGAACGAGGUGUCUGCCUACGUGAUGAAGCACAUCCUCAAGCAGCCCGACGAUACCGCAUCACGAUCAAAGCCUGAGCACGACUCCCGCGAAAGAUGUCCCUGCCGGCUCAUGACGCCCCAGCCUCUUCAAGGCCUCUCUGUUCCCACAACAGACGAAGAAUUGUACCGACUGGUAGACUGGUUGAGUUAUUGCGAGCUCGUGUCGCGGGAGUACUCGAAGGUCAUCGCAGUCCUUGAAGAGCACAACGUCAACACCUUCUGUGAUAUCAUGUUCAACUUCAGUACGAUACUUAAGGAUGAGCACGGACACCACGCACAAUGGUUUACGGUGGGAGUAUUCCAUCACAGCGCCGUCGAACCCGAGUUCAUACCCGUGGGCGUCAAAUUAUUUUCUACGAUUUCCAACAUUCUGCGCGACGACACAAGCUCUGAGAAGCGCAUUCAUAUGAAGGAGGGAGUCUUUAGAUCACAGCUUGCCGAGCAUGUAACUGUGCUGAAGAUGUUCUGGGACGCGAUUAACCCCGAGACCUCGGCGUACGACAACUUCAAGCUGCGCCUUCGCCACUCCAUGGCGAUCAAUCCUUCCACGCGCAUUUACUUCGAGAGUAUGGUGGGCGAUUGCGAUUACCUAUCGCAUCAUCAAGAUAUAUAUGAGUUGCGCUGUAACAACUUGCGCACCUUCAUCGCCGCUCUCGCUGAAGCAGGGCUGGUCAAGGAAGGUGUCAUCUGA